AUGGAGGCAUCAGCCGCAAAGAAUGAUAUGAACAUGCGCUUUGCCACUAUGCUGGUUGCCACAAACCUGCUGAUCUUCGGCAAACAGCUGGUCAGUGCCGGGACGAAACUCGUCAAGUACAAGCCCCGGUCGACCUAUCUGGCCUAUUCGGUCUACGAGUUUAUGCAUUGCGCUUUGAUCAGCUGUAUCAUCAUCACCUUCAACAUGCCGUACCUCGACUUGAAACCGAGAAAAGGGCCCACAAGCUUCUCAAUGUCAUUCUCCAUGCAGAUGACCUCAACUCGGAUG